AUGGAGCUGCGGCUGCUCGCCAAGCACAACCCGGACAACCGCAUCCGCAUUGCGGCGUCCGGGGCAGUGCGGCCGCUCGUGGCGCUGCUGUCGCACACCGACCCACUGCUGCAGGAGCACGGGGUCACGGCACUGCUCAGCCUCUCCAUCUGCGACGAGAACAAGGCCAUCGUGGUCGAGGCCGGCGCGAUACGACCGCUCGUGUGCGAGCUCAAGUCGGCCGCGUCGCCCACGGCCAGGGAGAACGCCGCCUGCGCGCUGCUCCGCCUCUCCCAGCUCGACGGCGCCGCCGCCGCCGCGGUCGGCCGCGUGGGAGCCGUCGCGCUGCUUGUGUCCCUCCACGAGGCCGGCUGGGCACGCAGGAAGAAGGACGCCGCCACGGCGCUCUACGCGCUCUGCAGCGGGGCGCGCGAGAACCGCCUACGUGCGCCCCUUGCUGGACCUGGAGUCCAGCAUGGUGGAUAA